AUGUCGUCCUCAAAAAUUCUUCUCAGUGACAUUGCCCCAAGACCUCGCUGGAUGACCUCUUGGGAAAGGCUCAAACACAAGGAGCUACACUGGCUCGUGGAAGUCGUUGCAGAAAUGAUGGGGGUCUUUCUUUACGUCUAUGCCGGCCUGGGAGCCACCGCUGCGUUUGUUGUAGGAACUAUCGGAGGGAACGAUGGAAUAGGAUCGUUGUUUACUGUUGGCUUCGCCUACGCCAUCGGUGUCGUAUUUGCCAUCUCGCUUUGCGCUGCGACCUCAGGAGGCCACUUCAAUCCAGCCGUCACAAUCUCAUCUGUUAUCUACCGAGACUUUCCCAAGCGCAAAGCAGUCAGAUAUAUCAUUGCCCAGGUUCUGGCAGGUUACAUCACCUGUUUGAUCGUCUAUGUCCAAUGGAAAGAUCUGCUUGUGGGUGCGGAGAAAAUUCUGAUUGAAAAAGGCUUGUACGACAGCGUGAUGUUCUCCAGCGGUGGGCCAGCUGGUGUGUUCGGUUUAUACGUCGCCCCUGGGAUGAACCUGGCUCGCGUGUUUAUGAAUGAAUUCGUCACUGACUUCCUCAUCGGUUUGGUCAUUUGGGGCACUCUUGACCCCACGAACCAGAUGGUCCCACCAGCAGCCGCACCUUGGCUCGUCGGGAUGGCAUACGGUCUUGCAGUCUGGGGGUACUCACCUACCGCAAUCGCUGCCAAUACUGCCCGUGACGUCGGUGGACGCCUCAUGGUCAUAACCAUCUGGGGACUGAAAGCCUCAGGAGGAAGAUAUGCGGCCAUCGCCGCCCUGACGAAUAUCCCAGCCACAGUUUUCGCCGCUACGGUCUAUGAACUGUUUUUGGGAUCUGCCACGCGCACACUUACAGCGCACCACAUCCAUUUCCUUCGCGCUCACAAACAGUACUACGAGGACAACAAACUCGCUCCGUAUGGGUACCUUGAAGCACUUAACCCACGAUGCGGCCAAUCGGAAUCAUUCGAGUCAGGCAUUGGGGAAAAAGUGCGAGACAGUCGGAUCGAGACUGUCUCUCAAGCUUGA